AGUACACCGCCAGCCUUCCCCGCUGCAUGCCAAGGCCUCGGAGCUUGGCCAUCCGCCCCUUCCCUAUGGGCUGCCCCAUGGAAGGAGGCAGCUCGGACGUGUUCCUGGACCUGCAGCAGGCGGUGGCCUCCCUGGAGAAGGCCGUGUUCUCCCACCGGAGCUGCGCCCGGCUGCUUGGCGCGGCCGGGGGGGAGACGGGAGGCCCCAGUGCGGUGGGGGAGGAGUGGGCCCAGAUAGCCAAGAACCUGGAAGAGUUCGAACGAGGCCUGGGGAUUUUUGCCGGACUCCCGGAGGACGACGGGGACUGGCUCUGGGAAGCAGCCCCCAGGGCGCCGGGGGAGACGAGCGAGGCCAGCCCGGGGCUCCCAGCAGAGGAUACGAGCUGGAUCCAGAAGGAAAUAGCCAUGUACAAAGAGAGGAACACGGCUCUCCAGGAGGCACUGGGGAGCAAGGAGGAGGAGCUAAGCAGGUCCCAAGUCACCCUGCAAGCAUUCCACGAGGAACGGGAUAAGCUCCAGAGAAAGGUCAAGGAGCUGCAGGACUCUCUGCUCAGGAUUGAGACGCCAUCCCAGCCUGGCAGCUCCCCCCCCUCGGCCGCCCCAGGGGGUCCAUCAGCCCUGGCGGGGAAGGAGAGCCCUGGCCAUUCCAGUGGCUGGCCAGAGCAACUGCAGCACCCUGCUGCUCACAGCUAA